CCAAUCAGGCGAGCAAUAACUGCCUACACGUAUGCUGAGUUUGCGCGCGGAGCGGAGAAGCGCCUGGCAGACCGGAGCGCAGCGCGAGGCAGCCAAGCCGCUGUCUGUCAUUAGCUGAGAGUGUGACAGAGGAGUGACAGAAGAGGGGGAGAGAGAGAGAGAGAGAGUCGGGGGGAGAGGGAGAGAGAGAGAGAGGAGAAGGAGGGAGGAGUGAACGGUGCAGGUUCAAACAGACACACCGGCCUGAGAGGAGAGAAGAAGAACAAGGAGAGCGCCGGACCCCGAGAGAGAGAGAGAGAGAGAGAGAGAGAGAGAGAGAGAGAGGGAGAGCGAGAGAGAGAGAGAGAGGGAGAGAGUGGGAGACUGACAGGCGUUACCGAAACUAGACGAACCAAAGCGUCGACAUGAGCGGCCAGUUUGAGGAAGAUAUCCAUGACCGGGGAGAGAGGAAGAGCAGCAAGUCCCCAACGCUGCUCUCCUCUUACUGCAUAGAGAGCAUUCUGGGCCGCCGGAGUCCCUGUAAGGUCAGACUGAUUGGGGCGCAAAGUUUGACGGGUCUGCCCGGCAGAGGAGAGCUCGACAAAACGGCUGACGGGCCAACGAAAGACCCCCUUUCCCUCAGCGCUGACAUGCACCUGCCACCCAAACUCCGCCGACUGUACGGACCCGGGGGCAAGUACCUCCAAGACCACGCAGAGAAGCUGGACAGAGAACGGCUUCUCCUGGAACAAGCCAGCGACAGCCUCAAAAUCAGCCAAGCGCCGCAGGUGAGCAUCAGCCGCAGCAAGUCCUACCGGGAGAACGCGUCGCUGAGCCGGGGGGAGGGCGACCAGAGCCCCGGGGAGGGCUCGGAAGACGGCAGCCUGGGGCUGGUGGAGCUCGGCCCGUUGAAGUUCGAGGAGGACGGGGGGAAAGAGGAGGAGAGCUGCGCGGACACAGCCGCGCUGUCCCCGAAGGACGAGGAGAGGGAGAGCUUGAACGCCGGGGAUGGGGACGUGAGGGACGGGGAGGACAGCGUGUGUCUGUCAGCGGGCAGUGACUCGGAGGAAGGGAUGCUGAAACGGAAGCAAAGAAGAUACAGGACUACCUUCACCAGUUACCAGCUGGAGGAGCUGGAGAGGGCUUUCCAGAAGACACACUACCCCGACGUCUUCACCAGAGAAGAGCUCGCAAUGCGCCUGGAUCUUACCGAGGCCCGCGUUCAAGUGUGGUUCCAGAACCGCAGGGCCAAGUGGAGGAAGCGUGAGAAGGCCGGGGUGCAGGCCCACCCAUCAGGCCUGCCGUUCCCAGGCCCCCUGGCGGCGGGCCACCCCCUCAGUCACUACCUGGAGGGAGGCCCCUUCCCUCCCCCACACCCGGCCCUGGAGUCCGCCUGGACAGCCGCGGCGGCCGCAGCCGCAGCCUUCCCAGGCCUGGCACCGCCGCCCCACAACGGCUCGGCCCCACCCCUGGCCACCCCGCUCGGCCUGGGCACCUUCUUGGGCACGGCUGCCAUGUUUCGCCACCCCGCCUUCAUUGGACCCACUUUUGGCAGGCUGUUCUCCAGUAUGGGUCCCUUAACCAGUGCUUCCACCGCUGCAGCUCUCCUCCGCCAGCGCCCUCCCGUAGAGAACCCCUCCCACGCGGGGCCCGUCCUCCCCGACCCUUCUGCCUCUUCCUCCUCCUCCUCU